AUGCCCACCACACAAUUUAAGGUGGACUUCCUAAUGUUCCGCGACACCCUGACCGAAUUGGAACGUUUAGUAGAUGUUUGGGGUAACUUGUUCAACGUGGGUAAAAGCAUGACCAUUAUCGAAGAGGGUAUCGUCUAUGGGGUGAAACGCCUCAUUGAAUAUGACACCGUAUUCAAGAGUCAAACACAACAUCAUACUAGGCUCGUCGGCGGACGGAUAUUCGACGAGAUGAUCCACUCGAACACAGAUUUUAUCAAGAAGAAUCCUUUCCGUCGAUUCAGUAGCAGAGAUGGCGUCGAACCAAUGGCAGCCUUGGAGCAUCUCGCAUAG